UGUUCUUGCCUGAGAGGUUUACUAUAUAUCUCUCCUUUUUCUCGCUCGAUUUGUCCUCUUUCUUUUCUGUAUUCUAUUCAUGAUUGCCACGAUUACGAAUCGCGGACUAUGGACGACAACCCUCGGAUAUCGCAAUCUUCGGAUUCAAAUAUCGGAACUGCAUCUCCAAAGACGGAGACGACAAUGACUCUAGAAAACAACGCCAAUGUCAAUCAUGAAACCAACAAUAACAAAGAAUACGGAAUCCUUAGCACCACCGAAGAUGCAUCCCACCAAGACAUCGAACACCUCUACCUUGACUUCGAAACCCCACUCCCAAACCCCAUGGGGAUCUCCUCCCCGCGAUCCGGCCAAUCACCACCACCGUCACCACCAAACUUGAAUAAAUACACAUCGCCGUUCCUAUGGUCGAAACCGCGCAAGACGAUUAUCACUAUAAUCUCGUGCUGCGUUACGGCAUUGUCUGCGUAUGCGGCCGGAGAGUAUACGCCGCCGUCGGAGGAGUUGACGGCAAAAUGGCAUGUUAGUAAGGUUGCGUAUAAUGUGGGGAUUACGUUGUUUACGCUUGGGUUUGGUAUUGCGCCGAUGGUGUUGGCGCCGUUCUCGGAGAUUAAUGGGCGACGGCCGAUUUUUGUGGCUAGUGGGUUGGUUUUUACAGUAUGCUUGAUCGGAUGUGGUGCUACGGAUUCAUAUGCUGGGAUGCUGGUUGGGAGAUUCUUCCUGGGAAUUGGUGGAUCAACGUUCUCGACCAUGGUGGGUGGCGUCAUUAGUGACAUCUAUCAUGCUCAGGAUCGUAAUGGCCCUAUGUCUUGCUUCUCUGGAGCCGCGCUAUUUGGAACUGGGCUGGGACCGCUAAUCUCCGGCUUCAUUGAAAUGCGCGUUUCCUGGCGAUGGAUUUUCUACUCCGAAGCCAUUGCCUCCGCCAUCUUUCUGGUUCUUCUGUUGGCCUUCCUUAAGGAGACCCGGGGUAGUGUGCUGUUGAGUGGCAAGGCCAAGGCUCUCAACAAGUAUUAUGACAAGCUUGAGGAAGCAGGUUACUAUGGUGUCGUCUUCACCGCGGAGGAUUCAGGCGAAAAGCAACGGGUGCAGCGCAUCCGGUGGAAGGUCAAGAGUGACGAGGAGCGAGAGACCUUGGUCAGAAUGGUCACCAUUUCUUGUUACCGGCCAUUUCAUCUCUUGUUCACCGAACCGGUGGUGUUCUUCUUCUCCCUUUGGGUCGCAUUCAGCUGGGCGAUCUUGUACCUGAACUUUAGUUCCAUUCCUCUUGUCUUUUCAACCAACCAUGGCUUCAAUGUGGAACAGAUUGGCGCCGUAUUCUCCGCGGUGUCCAUUGGUGCUCUCCUGGCCACUCUUUUGAGUAUUUACCAGGAGAAACUGGCGAUGCGCCUGGGCAAGAUGCCAAAUACACCAGAAGGCCGGCUCUACUUUACCUGUGUCGAAUCCAUCCUCAUGCCUAUCGGUCUUUUCUGGUUUGGAUGGACAUCCUACUCAUCCGUUCCAUGGAUCGUGCCUACCCUUGCCCUGGGUUGUGCCACCAUGGGUAUCUUUUCCAUCUACCUGGCCACGUUCAACUACCUUGCGGAUACGUACCAUCGAUAUGCCAGUUCCGCCAUUGCUGCGCAGUCAUUCUGUCGAAACAUCCUUGCUGGUAUCUUCCCGUUGGUUGCGAAUUUCAUGUUCACGAAUCUCACGUAUCCCGGUGCUUCCAGUUUGCUGGGAGGAAUUGUAUGACUGAUCAUCGUUCUUUUCUGGGGACUUUUGCUAACAUGCGGCAGGGUAUUCUGCUGACGCUCGUGCCCUGGGCGCUGGCGUGGAAGGGGCCUCAGAUCCGUGCGAAGAGCAAAAUCGCUAGUGUAGGUCCUCCGCCGUGCAUAUGCAUAACGAAAUGUCGCUGACCUAUUUGCAGCAAAUCAUGCAGCAGAGUUAGCUACGCGCAUUCCAAAAAGUCGCAUUCGACCUGACGUGACAAUUAGAUUCCUAU